AAGAAGAGCUUAUCCAGAACCAAAGCCACCCAAAACUCCACAUGAGGAAGUGAAGAGGAAAUCCUCUCGUCCGUACGAAGAUGGCUCUUCUCUGCUUCAACUCUCUCCCUUCUCUCUCUUCUUCUUCUCGCCUUCAGCCUUCGCCUUCACCUUCAUCAGUUUUCAGGUCGCGUCUAGGGUUCAGAGCCAAUGCCGUUUCGUCCUGUAACCAAAUCUUUCUCGGAGCAAACUCGGGUAUUACCCGCCGCGAGAGACCUGCCGCAAUGGUGAUGGUGAAAGCGGCAGCUUCGGGUGUGGGCGGGAACACUGAGGAACCAAAGGCCGUAGUCCCAGUGGAAGAACUGCCACUGCAGUCAAAGGAGCAGCAGUUGAUGGAACAGAGGAUGAAGAUGAAGCUGGCGAAGAAGAUCCGUCUCCGCAGGAAAAGGCUUCUUCGUAAGCGGAAGAUGAGGAAGAAGGGCCGGUGGCCGCCUUCCAAGAUGAAGAAGCUCAAGAAUGUCUAAGGAAAAAGACUGAGAAUCCCAUGUGUAAUGUUUUUCCCUGAUUUCCCAUCAGAUGCACAAUUGCCACAACCUUGCCACCAUUGUUUUUCUGGAAUAGUAUCAAAGCUCUGAGUUUUAAGCCCA